UACUUUGUAUUUGUUGGUGAGAAGAGCACGAAUGGAGAAGCGAAAUAAUCCGGCACCGCUCAUAUUGCUCGCAGAGGGCGGGUCACCGUUGUCGAUUUCAAGAUGCAGACAACUCGAAAGCAAUCCGCUCUGGUGCCAGGAGCUAUGGGAAAAGGUUUUCGAUAUUGAUCACAUAAAACCAAACCGCCGCCGAUACGGUCAAGAUUAUCAAAACCCCUUUGCACACAACGCGCUAAGCUUCAAGCAUACAGCGACUACGGAUGGAUGUAUGGUACACGUCCAGUUCGAAAAGUUUAUCGGGAAUAGUCCAGAAUUAUUUCCUAGUACACACGAUGAAAUUAGACGCCUUCCCGAAGGUCAAGACUUAACAUAUUGGAGCCAUGGUGUAUACAGACUCGAGUUGAAUCCGGAUGGCCUAACUCAGCAGCGUGCCGAAGAAAGUCGAAUUGUUGGAGUCGAUCCUGGUGUAUCGUCGAUGAUCACAGGAGUAUCGACUGCUGAAGAACCUGUACACAACCCAAUUGAAGUUACCACGCGAAAGUACCAUGCGGAGACGGGUGUCUUUUGGGAAUAUAAAUUAGAAAACAAAAAUCGGCAGAAAGCCGAAAUCCAAGAGGAUUAUGACUCCAUCGCAGAGAACUCGCCCUAUGUCUCACGUUCAGAAGAUUUUCUUUUCUAUAUCGCUAAUCUGAAUCGAAUUCGACUUCGAAUGCGUCGUUUCUCGUCUGGGUUCAAACAGCUAUGUCGAGCAAAGGCGUUAUAUUGCUUUCAAGGCAUGCACCACCAGAAGAAUACAAGCAAACAGAGAAAUCAGGAGCUUGUUAUUCUCAAGCCGGCAGAGAAAACAAGAUCUUGUCAAAGAUGAGCUGCUAGGUGUCACUCCUCCUCACCCAGCUGUAAGCGAUUCCCUUUUUCCAUUUUUCUCGCGUGAUAUCUGAUAAUACUCUUUUUUCUUUUUUUUUUUGCUGAUGAUCAUUUUUGAAAAACUGAAACAUAGGGAGAGCCUAUCAAAUGGAUACACAAAUCGUCGCACCGAUCUCGCAAAAGAGCU